AUGGCAGCUGGAUUGAUAUUCAUUACUGGCGCAUCUGGUUUCAUUGGAAGCGCCACCGCUCUUGCGGCACUCAAGGCCGGAUACAGACUGCGCGUCUGUCUUCGGAAGCCAUCGGAAACUCUCGAGGCUGCUCUAUCGGAGUAUAGCCAAAACAUUGAAUAUGUCAUUGUCCCCGACAUCACCGAUGAGGCCGCAUUCAAGGGGAAACUUGACGGUGCAGACUAUGUUUUGCAUCUUGCCUCUCCUCUGACCCACGGCAUCGAGAAGGAGUCGUAUUUUGGCCCAGCGGUGAAAGGCACCAAUGCCGUAUUGAAUGAGGCUACCAGGGUCCCGAGUAUCAAGAAGGUCGUUGUCACUUCAUCAAUCGCGGCUCUGAUCCCAUUGAAUGGUAUUCCUGAAGGUGGAGUCAUUAAAGAGGACAACGACUGGGACUUUAGCGUGGAUGAAGCCGCCGAUUUCACAGAUCCCAGCAAUCCUGCUGGAACAGCUAUGAGACUCUACCGCGCAUCCAAGCUGCUCGCAAAUAACGCCAGCUGGGAACUUUGGAAGACUGCCAAGCCUCAUUAUGCUUUGGUCACUAUUCACCCAUCGUUCGUCUUUGGGCAGAACCUUGUGCAGACUUCCGCCGAACAAAUUAGUUCCUCUUCGAAUGGACUACUUUGGGGGACAAUCAUGACCGGUACCCCAUCUGGAUCAGUGACUGGUGUGCAUAUCCAAGAUGUGGCAGAGGCGCAUGUUAAAGCUCUGAACCCGGAAAUCGCCGACGGCUCGAAGUAUCUGAUAUCCGGAAACAAGGCAACAUGGGGCGAUGUGGCGCAUAUUGUGAAAAAGCACUACCCCAAUCUGGGAGCCAAAAUUUCAGCAGAUAUCGAGGGAAGUUCCUCCCCGACUGACACCACCAAGGCCGAGAAAGACCUCAAGAUUGAAUGGCGCUCUUUGGAACAGAUGGUACGGGAGGUCGUGGAUCAGCAACUGGGGUUUGUCAAUCAUUAA